CAAUAAUAACUAAUAAAUUUAUAAAAUUAAGUUGUGAAGAGCAUCAAAUACAUGUAGCCACUUCACUUUUUAAUAAUUAAAAAACCAAUUCGUUAUGGGAACACCAAAAACACCAGCCCCCAGUAAAAAGCGUAAAAGUUUAAAUAUGCAAGCAGGAGUGUUAGAUAGUCCAAUUGGACGUAUAAAUCCUAUGAGAAGGUCAUCAAUUGGUCUUGUAACAUCAACACCGGUCGUUUUCCAAACAAACGACGAUGAAGCUGAACGAAGAAACUGGAAACGUUUAUCGUUAUUGCAAGAAGAACCCCAAGAAACCCAAAAAACACAAUCACUUCCAUUAAAUACAUUGGAAGAGUUUUUGGGUAAUUGGGUUCGAAUGUCUGUCGAAAAUAAAAUUAAUGCAAAAAAUGUAUGGAAAAUUCACAUUAUUGAUUACUUAAGAAUGUUAGUUGAUAAAAAUGCAGAAAAUCCAUUACAACUUGCUACGGCUUCAUUGACAGCCAGUGCGAAAGUCUACUGUCUACGAGUGGAUGAUGUGUAUACGGAAGUUAUUCGAUUGGCAGGUAAUUUAGGUCAUAAAGGUAACAAUGACAAAAAUAAUGAAGGGGAUGGAGAUGAAGAUGGUGAUAAUAAUAACCACGGAGGCCAUGAAGGAGCUGAAGCUACUCAACGAGCUCGACUGAAAAAGAAGAAGAAAGGAAAAAGUAAAACAACAACAAAUCCUGAAGCACUCAUUGGUGAUGUAGAUCUGUUGGAUACAGCUCAUCCAAUUUUUGCUGAAUUAAAUACACGUAGUGGAGAUAUUAUCGGUACAGAUAAUAUGUUUCAAGUAUUUGCACCACUCAAUAGUCAAAUCAGCGAAUAUGAUAUCAGAACAAAUGAACAGUUCUUUGAUUCUACAAUCAUGAAGAGAACAGAUCCUGGUGCAAUGGAAUUAGAUGAAGAGAUUAAAACAAUCAUUUUACCAUUAUCGUUACCAUCACCAACUGUAAUUAACACGUUAAAAAUAUGUUCAACAUUUUCGGAAUUUUCACUUACAAAUUGGUCUCCAGAUGAAGAAGAGGCAUCAAAUUCCCAACAAAAUAAAUCCAUAAUGCCAUCAACAACGGAUCAAAUUAAUUUGGCAUUUGAUAUAAAUGCUGAACCACAAGAAAUUAUGGAUGUAACCAUGGAAGAUGCUGGCGAUCCACGCUGUUAUAGUAGUGACGAAGAAAUUGUACAAGAAGCAAAUGUUGUAGCCAAUGUAAAUUUACCAACAGCAUUAGCUGGAUGUAAGCCACAAAUUGAGAAUAUUGUCGAUAUGAGACCAUCACAUCCAAGCCAUACCAGAAAUUUAGAAUAUUCUUAUAAUUUGAUUGUUAGUGGUAUAUGGGCAGGACCUGCUCAUUGGAAAAUUAAAUCUAUUGUACAUAGAACACAACCAAGACGAACUCUGCAGCAGACGGUACCUGUUGAAGCAAAUGCAAAAAAACGAAAACCAAAAGUGGCAAUCAUUGAAAUGUCAUUUGAAGAAUUACUACCUGCAGAUGAGGAAAAUUCAAUGGCGGCAGAACCAUUUUUAAAAUGUAGCGAUAAUAGAUUAAAAAUGUCUACUGUCUGCAGUUGGGAUAAAAACAAGAAUGAAUUACCAAUAGAUUUACAUGUGACUAUUGCGGACACCUUAAGAGUAUUUUUAAAUGCAAACUGGUCAUUGGUACCUCAAGAACGGCCAGCUUCUUCUUUAUCAAUAGAAAAUAAUCAAUAUGAUUAUAAUAAUUUAAAUGAUAGCGCAUUUUGUAACCCACCAGAUCCCGAUUUACUUGACAAUAAUGAUAUUGAACAUGACUAUAAUAGUGACCAUGAAAUGAAUCAUGGUGAUGUAUUUUCUGGUGUGGAUCAUGGAGAAGAAGGUGAUAUAAUGCUUACUGGUGAAAAUUUACUCCCUGCACCAAGAAUUAUUCCAAAACUUUUUGUACCUUAUUCAACACGAGCGAAAAAAGUGAACAUGAAGGCAAUCAAACAUUGUAUGUGGAACAUAAUUACAAGAAAUACCGAUGAUGAUAAUAAAGAAAAUGAAAAUAAUUUAAAUACAGAAAAUAAUAUUAAAGAAGCAACUGAAACAAAAUUUUCAGUAAUUAUUGAAAAAUUACCAAGAUUAUUGCCACGUGACCAAGCUGCAAAUAUUAGUGUACCAUUAGGAUUCUUUGGUUUAUUACAUUUAGCCAAUGAAAAUACAUUAAAAUUAAUGGGGGAUCAUGAAUUAAAAGACGUUAUAAUUAAUAAGGGAUGAACAUGUUUUAUGACUCAAUUUUAAAUUUUAUUUUAUAGCUCAAUUUUAGAUUAUAGGUCUACAACCAAGCUGAGUUUUAGUGAGCCAUUUCAGAAGGCUGAAAAUUUCGUAGCAAGCAUCUCAAUCAUAAGCUUAUUGCGCAUUCUAAAAAGCGGGGGACUUUGAGAGGAGAAUCUCACAUCCUCUAUAUUUUUUGGAAUGCCUGUCGAUUAAAACCGGUUAUAUCCUUUCUGGAAUCAGUUGAAAAUUGAGAGUCGCAAUAUCUACGGUACUCUAUUGGGGGCCAAGGUCUUCCACUUUUUAGAACGCGAAAUAGUUUCUAUAAUUUCUGAAAUGACUCACUAAAAUUACGUAUGACCGCAGACCUAUUAAUUUUAAUUAUAGUUAGGGAC